AUGCCUUGUGCCAGGCUCAUUGAGGACAAGAAUGACACCGAUGCACAGAAGAUCUAUGAUGAGCACUUCCCCUUGUACAAGAACUACGAUUGGUGCAGCUCCUGGGACGGGACCAAGUACGACUUGGUCUUCUACGGGGUCUCUGGGUACACCGGAUAUCUGAUGAUGGAGUACCUGAAGCGCGUGUCCCUGAAGCGCACCGCGGAAAGCUUCACCUUUGCCUUCGCCGGACGCACGCCUGGGCGGGUGCAAGAGCUCAGGGAUCGGGAGUUCGCCGGCACCAUUUGGGAGGAUACCCCAGUGAUGCAGAUGUCUUAUGACGACCCUUACUCCAUUAUUGACCUUGUGAAGAGUGCCAGGUGCAUCAUCAACGUGGCGGGCCCUUACAUGCUCACACAGGGAGAGCUUAUGAUCGAUUGCUGCAUCACCAUGGGAGUCCACUAUUGCGACAUCAGCGGAGAGAUCCCCUGGUCCCGCCGCAUCACACCCCUGCACCGCUACGCUGAACGCAACGGGGCCUUCAUCAUCCCCUCGGCCGCGUCUGCGGGUGGGUUCCCCGACUUGUGCACCUUCCUUUGUGCCAAGAAGGCACGGGAGGACUACGGGGAGGAGCUCCGGAAGGCCAUUUGCUACGUCAACGGCGGCGGCGCCGUCGCCACGGCUUCCGGCGGUACGCUGAAGACACGUGCCACCAUGGCCUCGGGCGGCGACGACACAAGGAAGAUGAUGGGAGAUCCCUAUGCUUUGGGCGGCUUUGUGCCAGAUCGCGAUCGACAUGGUGUCAAGCUCCUCGGCAGUGGGGCAUUGGGCUGA